GGCUCAGCUCCAGCUGUUCUGAUUCCUCUCUCCUCUGGGUCCUGAUAGUUUUUGGGGUGAGGGAGGUGAGCUGUGUGAUCACACGUGUCCCAACUCAGUCCCCCCUCUGGCCACCUCAGCCCCCCCUCUGGCCACCUCAGCCCCCACCACAGUUAUGGAGAGAAAUUAGCCAGUGUGAGUCAACUCCGCAACAAGCAGAGCAUCUUUCAUGAAGCUGAACUGACCAAAAGAACAACAAAGAAAACAGCUUUUUAUUCCUCUGUUUCUAGAAAACUUAAAGAACAAGAGAACUACAUUCAAAUUGAGCUGGAAAAGAAUAUUUGGACAGUCUGUGAUUGUGAGAGUGGAUGAGUCUUCUAGCUAAACCUAUAAGCUUCGAAACCACAGCAAUCACUUUCUUCAUCAUCCUUCUAAUUUGCCUCAUUUGCAUCUUCCUUUUAUUGGUGGUUUUUUUAUGUAAAUGUUUCCAAGGCAGAAAAGGUAAAGAGACAAAGAAAGUGCCUUGUACAGAUGCAAACGGAGGUGUAGGCUGUGCAGCUGCCAAAGUGGUGACAAGCAAUCCAGAGGACCAUGAAAGGAUCUUAAUGCAAGUCAUGAACUUGAAUGUGCCGAUGAGGCCUGGCAUUCUUGUCCAGAGACAGAGUAAGGAAGUGUUGGCCACACCCUUAGAAAACAGAAGAGACAUGGAGGCAGAAGAGGAGAACCAAAUAAAUGAGAAGCAAGAGACUGAGAAUGCUGGAGAAACUGGUCAAGAAGAGGAUGAUGGUUUGCAGAAAAUACACAUAUCUGUCACUAGAACUCCUUCAGUUGUUGAAAGCCAAAAAAGACCUUUAAAAGGAGUGACAUUUUCUAGGGAGGUAAUUGUUGUGGAUCUUGGGAAUGAAUACCCUACACCUCGAAGCUAUACUCGAGAACAUAAAGAGAGGAAAUGAAGCUCAAAAAGGGGUAAGAGUGAAAGAAAAUGUAACGUUUGACUAACAUUGAAAUGACUGAGGGUACAAAAUCAUGUUGAAACAACAAAACAAUGGGGAAUUAAGCAAAUAAAGAUAUUAUUUUACCUUUGUGCAGAAAGGAGUGGGCCACGUGCAAAAUUCUGUAAGUAAAAUACUUAGAGCUUGAAUAUAAUUUUUUAAAAUUCAAAUCUGAGUUCAAGAAAUUGAUUGUAUUUCCCUUAAAACUGUCUACUCAAACACUGUUCUGGCAUGUGAAUAAAAUGAUUUUUGUUUGUACAAA